CUGGAAAAUACUAGAAUGGAGCAUACGAAUAGACCCUUUGAUACCUUCUUUUGUGAGACAAGAGCUGGGAAGCAUGUGCCCAGAGCACUCUUCAUGGACUUAGAACCAACUGUUGUGGAUGGGAUCCGGACUGGCAAGCACCGCUCCCUCUUCCUCCCAGAGCAGCUCGUCAGCGGCCAGGAGGAUGCCGCCAACAACUACGCACGAGGUCACUACUCAGUGGGCUCAGAGAUCAUCGACCUGGUGCUAGAGAGGAUCCGAAAGCUGGCAGAACAGUGCAGCGGACUUCAGGGAUUUUUGAUUUUCCGAAGCUUUGGAGGAGGCACUGGAUCGGGAUUCACAUCUCUCUUAAUGGAACGGCUCUCGGUAGAAUAUUGCAGGAAGACUAAGUUGGAGUUCUCUGUCUAUCCCGCCCCCCGGAUCUCCAGUGCUGUGGUCGAGCCUUACAAUUCCAUCCUCACCACCCAUUCCACCAUUGAGCACUCGGACUGUACCUUCAUGGUGGACAACGAGGCCAUCUAUGACAUCUGCCAUUGCAGACUCGGCGUGGAACGUCCCUCCUAUGCCAGCAUUAACCGGCUGAUAGUUCAGGCAGUGUCUUGCAUCACCGCCUCCCUCCGGUUUGAAGGGCCCUUGAACGUGGACCUCAUUGAAUUCCAGACCAACCUAGUACCUUAUCCGAGGAUACACUUCCCCAUGACAACCUUCGCCCCCAUCAUCCCUGCCCACAAAGGCUACCACGAGCAGCUCUCCGUGUCCGAUAUCACCACUGCCUGUUUUGAAUACUCCAACCAGCUGGUCAAGUGUGACCCUCGGCUUGGGAAGUACAUGGCCUGCUGCCUCCUCUACCGAGGGGAUGUGGUCCCUAAAGAUGUGAACGUGGCCAUUGCAGCCAUGAAGUCCAGGAACUCUGUUCACUUUGUGGAUUGGUGUCCAACUGGUUUCAAGGUGGGCAUCAACAAUCAGCUGCCCACAGUGAUGCCAGGGGGAGACCUGGCCAAAGUCCAGCGUGCUGUGUGCAUGCUAAGCAGCACCACAGCCAUCGUGGAGGCCUGGGCCCGCUUGAACCACAAGUUUGAUCUCAUGUAUGCCAAGAGGGCGUUUCUGCACUGGUACAUCAGAGAAGGCAUGGAGGAAGGGGAGUUCGUAGAGGCCAGGGAAGACCUGGCAGCCCUGGAGAAGGACUACGAGGAAGUGGGGCAGAGCUUCUGA